CGGACCACCGGUCGAGCAUGGCCGACACCAACGAUGAGCUCGAGAAGCUCCGCUCGUACAAGACGCUCACAAAGCUGCGCAUGAAGCAGGCCGCGGAGAAGCUUGCUUCGUACCGCUUCCAGGUUGAGGACGCGCAGAAGACGAUCCAGGAUCUCCAAGCGACCAACGCCGACCUCCAGGCGAUGAAUGCUGACCAUGUCCGCGUCAUUGCCAAGCUCCGCGUCGAGGUCACUCGAUUGCAGCGAGCGCAAGAGGCGGCUGCUAGACAACAACCCGUACAACGUGCUCUGUCGCCAACUGUAGUACGCGCCGUCGCCGACCCGCUGCCAGCGCUGGCCACGCCCGUACAAAACGACGCUCCAGCAUCAGACGACGCAAGCAGCAGUAGCUCAGACGACGACGACUCUGUUUCGGACGCUGGCUCUGGCAUCCUUGCAACGGGCUCAGACACCGACUCGGACGACGACGAGCCCAAGACUGUAGCCAUGCUUCUUGGGCGGGCUGCCGCGGGUGCGUCGCCCAAGGCAAUGACGCCGCUUCCGCUACCGACCACGCAUGUGCCCUCUACAACGACGACGACAGCGACAACGACGGUGACGCCGACAACGGCACCGCCGACCGAGACGCCGACAACGCCCACCGAGACGGCGCCGACAACGGAGACAACAACCGCUCCCGAGACGACAGACGCUGCGCCUACCGCCAAGAAGCGCAAGCGUGACGAGUCGAUGCCCCAGAACAUCAACCGGUUUCUCCAGGUCGCGAGCAUGUCAUCGGGCAGCACAACGUACCGCGCGACCAAGAUCCUCGCUCUCUUCUACGGGGCUGUCUUUGGCAACGAAGACAAAGUCGCGACCUCGUUGAUGCUGCUGCCCAAGCUGCGCAAGGCGAUGCGACACCACCAAAUUCCAAUCACCGACGUUGCGUCGGCGUUCGUGGCCACCGCGCCGAUCGGCAAAGACAUUGCUUUGCACGUCGACGUCCUCUCUCAAGUGGCGCCGACGCCGUCCGACGCGGCCGUAGCGCUCGCAACGAUCACGCAGCACGUUGGUCGCAAGAAGAACCUGCCGAUGAAGCUCCAGGUGGGCUGGUGCCGCGUGCACACGCUCUUUAGCCGCCGCAUCGGGUCGCUUGCGGCUACGACCGCUUUUCUUCUCGACCGCCUUGCAGCGCCGAACCGCCACCUCUUUGACUUUGUCGCAGUCGCCGAGAGCUGGCCACUGGCGCUGACGCAGCUCGGGGCAAAGGCGUCGACGUCGCUCUUGGCCAUCACGGUGCGGUAUCUCCUUGGCACACUCGUGGCGGCGCGAGAGGGCGUGGACGAGCACACCGAGUUGCAAAUAACCCCGAUUCAAGACAUGUACGCGCUCUGCAGCGGCGCGGUUGCUGCGGAUGCCGACGCGAUCGCUGCUGGCUUUGUAACGAGCGCGCCGACCGACACGAUGCUGUUUGAGAUGCAAGAGAGUCUCCGUCUUCUCUGCCUCGUGCACGGCUACGCAAAAUGCAUGCAAAUGUUUCCGUCCGUGCAAGAGCUCCUGGCAGAGACGACGUCCGUGAGCGUGCGUCUUCUCGGAGUGACGGCGGCGACGCUGCUCGAGCACCCGUGUGCAGACGAAGCCACCGACACGAACGCCGCCAAAAGCAUGAUCGAGCGUCUCCUGCCCGUCGUUCAAAACACCCACUGUGAUCCGCAUCUGCGCGCUGCCGCAGCCGUCGGUCUUCUUGAAGUUGCCAGUCGCGUCUCGGCCAAAACGCUCGCCAAAGAGUACUUGAGUCCGGUGCUCUUGUGGUUUGGCAGUCUGUCACCCCCGGCGCAGCUCGCCAUGCCGAGCGGCCUCCUCCGCAAACUCCAAACCACCGUUGUCUCACUCGCCUAAUAUAACCAAAGUCGUUGC